GGUAGAUAUUACUAUCGCAUCCCACAUUGUUCCCCUCAUCGUCAUUUUGAGCCAAGUCUCUGUUGAGCUUCUAGCUUUAAGAGCUUAUUACAAGGCUUGUCACUGAGACUAUCAAGACACUAAGAUAUUGUCCGAUUACCCAUGCUCUGAGCAGUCUUGACUGUAACUCAACCGGAUCCUUCAUACACAACCAUGCCAUCUACCUCCGCGGCUUUGACGCCUGGUCUGGCGUCUUUUCUCAAGUCUCUCAGGACCACUCCAAUCGACACAUCCAUUGACAACCUGAUAUCGCUUCUCAAGCGGAGACAGAUCCGUCAUUCCAGGUCAUGCGCUACCGCGACCGCUUACCUUCUCCUCCGCGUCAUCUCAGCUUGCAGGACGACAGAUGCAGCUAAGCUGAUUGAACGGGUGCAGAGUGUGGGGAGGCGAUUGGUGGCUGCUCAACCAAGAGAGAUGGUGGUUGGAAACAUCGUUCGACGUGUACUUGGUCUCAUCCGCGACGAAGCUGAGGACGAGAGAGAUGGUGAUUUCACUCUCAGUGAUGCUGGAUCCGAAGGUCAGCCUCAAACGCCUCGUGUUCCAGAAGACCCAUCCGAUCCGUUGUCACUCCGCCACGAGGGCUCUGAGCGGUCGUCCUCAAGGCCACCUUUCACUUCACUGGCCACCACCCCAAUCUCAAUGUUCAAUCUGCUCUCACAUCCGGAACCUGAAACAUCGCUCCCCGGUACUCCCGCAUCGGCUUCUCCAUCCGGUAGAUUGCUGGGACAUGCUCCGACCAGGGAUAUUCGCGCCGAAGUCCUAGACGGAAUUGGAGAGAUCAUCGAUGAACUGGGCCAGGUGGACGACCAAAUCGCGGCCUAUGCUCUCGACCACAUCCAUUCCAAUGAAAUAAUCCUCACCCAUACUUCCUCCACAACCGUUCAGAAGUUCCUUCUCAAGGCCGCCGCAAAGCGCAAGUUCACCGUGAUCCAUGCGGAAUCCUACCCCAACAAUCAUGAAGCGACGCACACCACCGUUAGCGGUGCCACUUCCACUGAUGAAGAAAUUCUCAGCACCGAUUCAUUCCAGAAGCCGCUGAUCGCCCUGGGCAUUACAGUCAUUCUAAUCCCGGAUUCAGCCGUCUUUGCUCUCAUGUCCCGAGUCAACAAGGUUAUUCUGGGCACGCACUCUGUCCUUGCCAACGGCGGGCUGGUGGCCGCAGCGGGGACCCGGGUCAUUGCUCGUGCUGCCAAGGUGCAUCAGACCCCCGUUGUUGUCGUCAGCGGUGUAUACAAACUCAGUCCGGUGUAUCCAUUUGACUUCGAGUCUUUGAUCGAAUAUGGAGAUGCCAGCAAGGUCAUCCCGUAUGAGGACGGGGAUUUGAUGGACCAAGUCGAUGUGCAGAACCCUCUGUACGACUAUGUUCCUCCGGAACUGGUUGAUCUUUACAUUACCAAUCUCGGCGGCCAUGCGCCAUCUUAUCUGUACCGGAUCGUGUCAGACCACUACCGCAAGGAAGAUAUCAACUUCUAGGUCCUCGUGAAGCGUGAUAAUGGUUCGUUGAGAGAGGAAGAGAGGGGGGGAAAUACGAAGCUUAUGAUUUGUGGGGUCAAAAGAGUAAAUCACGCUCAAUCAUCACAUGAAAAGUCCUUGGAAAUAAGAGGCGUUGGGAAUAGAAACGGUCGAUACCCCGGAAAGGAGUCUAUAAAGCUUACCUGUAAACCCAGUCUAUUAGCGUAUCGAGGCCCGUUUCAUUGGCCGG